CCGCAGAGAGCACUUAAGUGGGCUAGAGCGUGGUGUGUAAAGACUACCUGUACUUGGCAAACCGGCUACUCACUAAGGGCUGAUUGGGAGCAAUAUGGAACCUGAAAAUAUGGAGUCUGAAAAUACAGAAACCGAAAGUAUGGAAACUGAAAACAUGGAAUCUGAAAACAUGGAAAUUGAAACCAUUUCUUCGGUUUCAGCCCUGCAGGCUCUCUCUAAGCUACUUUAUCCUGAAGAAGAGGAUGAUUCUGAAGCUGGACAGCCAAAUUGUUCAUAUGCUUAUGGAGCCAUGGGUCCUGGGAAUAUUGGACCACCAAGCAUAGAAGAACUCAAAGUCGUCCCUCAAAGCAGUGAUGAAAAUGUCGAGAAUAUCUGGAAUCCAGAGGAAGUUCCAGAGGGAGCAGAGCACAAUGACAUAUGGGAUGUUAGAGAAAUACCAGAGUACGAGAUAAUAUUCAAACAGCAGGUGGGAACUGAGGAUAUAUUCCUAGGAUUUUCGAGAAAAGACUCUUCAACAGCAUGUUGUGAAGAUCUAGUGGUUAAAGUUAAAUUGCCAAAUACAAACCCUUCUGAUAUUCAAAUUGAUAUCCAGGAAAUGAUCCUUGACCUUCGCACUCCUAAUAAGAAGCUGUUGAUAACCCUUCCUCACCCUGUGGAGUGCAACAGUGCCAAAGCCUUCUAUAUCCUGGAGACUGAGACCCUUGAAGUCACCCUAACAAUGAAAAGAGACUUGGACUUCAUUAACUUCUUCUGAAGCUUCAUGAGUAAGGACGAAACAUGUUAAAACAGCACUGCUAAAAAAAUAAAAAAAAACCUUUGAAAAAUUG